GCUUGUGUUGAUUUGUUGAAAGUGGAAGAACGUAGUCUCAUUUGAUCACUUGUGCUGAAGGUCCAAAAUGACAUCGCUUACGCGAGGUGUCGCGCGUCUCGUGUCGAGGAAGACAUUUGUUUUCCGAAAUUUUUGUGUCAUGAUAAUUGUGCAAGCCCAAGCCACGUCGUCCAGCACGGUGUUGUCAGAUGCAACAGUUCCGACCUCUUCCAAAAGUUUAACGUGGAUCAAUCAGAAAUCAGCACAGGCCAACAAAGCAGCGGGUCGACAAAAGAGUAAUGAUGCCGAACUUUCAGAAAGCAGCGACGUUUUGGAGGCUUUGCGUCUGUCUUCCAUCGACGAGUGGCUGCCCUCCCUGGAACCGGAUAUCACGGGCCCCCUCGCGGACGAAGGGGGCGAGCCCAAAACGGACUUCGGCGAACUCAUUGGCGAUUUGUUCCCGGAAGGGGGCGAAAAGCCGGAAGUGGAGGUCAGCGAACGGUACAAUGAAGUGCGCCGGCGGGCUCUGUUCCCGGUGGUGAAGCAGUUCUUGCACCAUUUCCGGCCAGACACACCGUUUUUGUACAAAGAAAAGGACGUCGUGGACGCGACGACAACUGCUACUGCUGUAGUCGGCGUAGUUCCAGCAUCAAAGGAAGAUGGUUCCUCCAACUCAGGACCAGCAACAUCAAUCAUGCGAAGAACACAAAGGGGUGCUACUGCUACAAGUGACGUUCACGCGGUUGACACCGUUUGCAAGCUUCCGUCAAAUGAUCCUGCAAAUCUGCAGAGCGGUCUGCUAACGAAUUUCACCUGCGCGGAUAAUUUCCAUCGCUAUAACUACACAGAGGAGCUCGAUACCGAGGGAAUUCCCUACGUGCUCACGAAACUUCUGUCACAAACGCGAGCCUCUUGCUUCGACGUCCUCGCCGCGCUCGAGUACUUGAUCACGAAUUUGUUGCGGUACCAGACGGAAAAGCUCAGGAAGGAGCUCCACAUCGACGUGCAGGCGGUUUCGCGGAACAGUCAGCGCGCGUUCCAGGACAACACACUGCUGAACGAGUACAACGAGGUGGCCGGGAUGGAACUGUUUUACUUCUACGGCAGCGGCAUGAUCCAACUGUUGGAGGAGUAUUUGAGACUGCUCUUAUCGACGAUCAUGCUCCAGCCCCACUGUUUCAACGCGGAGACACGACUGCAGUUGUGCAAACUCCUCACCACCGAUUUUGCGGAGAACGUGCGGAACCGCUGGCGAAAGAUCGAGUUCACGAUCACGUGGAAGAAUUUGUACCACUUGACCGAUGCCUUCCGCCUCCGGACGCACGUCACCGAGAUGCUGGACGUGGGAAUCUACAACGUGGUGGAUUUGUUCCACGAAAUCCAGCUCUCGGUGCUGCGGAAGAUUUUGGAUGACAACUCAAAGCGAACCGCAUAUGGAACUGUCAGGAUCGAAAUUGACAAAGUCGAAAUUUUUGUGAUGCAUAAAAUGCAUGACGCGAGAUACGUGUGUUGCAGAGCAGGCAAGUGAGGCCGAUUGUAAGCCUGUUUGGGGCUAUAGCUCGAGCUGCUAAAGCAGCAUGAGAGAAUCAGUCUGCUUUGCCUAAACAGCAUUACAAAAUGGAUUUAGGCACCACCAGAAUUUGUGAUGCGCCACUUAGAAACUGGCUUCGAACUGGAAUCCGUUUUAUGCAUGACAAAUCAUUUCGAUUUUGUCAAUUUCGAUUCUGACACUUUCAUACCGCACUGCUGAACAAGCCGGGACAGAACACGGAGGCGGAGAAAAUCGGCCACGACUGGACGACGGUGGAGAAGUCGGGCGGGUUUGUGGAUUUUCUCUACCUGUACCGAAUAUGAAUUGCAAAUAUGUCUGGGUCUGGAGAAGUGCAAGUUUGUCAUGCUUGUCUGGCAUGACUCGAGAAUCUGUGUAGCAUAGGCACGAAACGGCCCUCUUACCUGUCACGCAAAAACGCAUGCGGAAUACGUAACACAUGGCAGCCAAGAAAUUUGUCAUGCAUAGUUGCGUAUUGCAGUGCGUCUAUCGUUGUUCACUCUUAGCAUUACAAGAUUGCGUUUUUGUGUAAUUACAAGGUUCCAGAGGACCCAGAAAUAUUUGCAAUGCAUACCGAACAAAAUUUGACCACUGGAGCAUCGACAAGUCGUUGAUCCGGGGCAUCAUCCGCAUGUUCGCGAACGAGGCGAGCAACGUCGAAUCGGUGGUGGAUCUCGGCGCCGGCGGGGGAAAGUACUCGGAACUGUUGGAGCUCGGCUUCCCGACGGUGUUUGCCGUCGACGCUUCGCCGCACGCGUUCGAAACCACGAAGCAGCGGGUGCACUACGCGGACUUGAGUAGACGGAUGGUGAUAAAAAAGGAGGACGCGACGGGCAAUAAUUCCAGAGAGCAGAACGGUGAGUCUGAAGCGACGAGUGGCACCGCAGGGCACCAAAACAGUUUUUCAGUGGUCUUUGAAGACGGCGGCGUCGAGGAGGGGGAAGACGCGAACGAAGGAAAUCGAGAGGCUCAUCAAGAACAAGGUGUGAUUACGACCACAGACACCAACACUCUUUCCUCUGCCUAUCGAUUUGACCUUGCCAUCUGCAUCGAGGUUGCCGAACACAUCGCGAAGGAGCACGAGAACACUUUGAUCCAGAACCUGAACAGGGUCUCAAACCGGUUCCUCGUGCUUUCUUGGUCGAACGACCGAGAAAACGACUACCACGUGAACCCGUUGCCGCAAGACGAGGUGGUCGCCAUGAUGGAAGCCAGAACUGAGUUCCGAAUAGACAGGGAAAAGAGUGAGAAGCUGAAAAAAGCGGCGAGUAUUGCCUGGAUCAAGGACAAUGUGUUGGUUUUUGAAAAAGUACAUGGAAAUGGAU